UUUGUUUUCACAAAAGAUUCAGCUGUUCGUUGUACAUCGCGGCGUAAUUAUUCGUUUUAUUUUGGUUCUCCCCGCGGGUUUAGCAAUCACUUCGCUAACAAAACGAUUACGAACAAUUCCUUCGCGGCGUCUCCGACGUAGCGUCUUUCCCUUCAAUUUGCUUAUCAGUUUAGUUCGGUUGUGAAAGGCAUCUGCAUCAGAUUGUUGUAUUUUGGUGUGCUUCGUGUGGUGUUAUUAUUUUGUUCACUUUUUCUGCGUCCCAACAUUACUCACGGUUUUGUCUGUUCGUUGUUACAACCAGUGUUGUUCUUGGUUGAGUAAAGCGAUAGGAAACAGAGAUUAUUCCAGAGAACGAACGAAUGAAAAGUAUGCGAGUGUGUGUCUAAUCACCCACAGUGCGUCGGUUUAGCAUUGGUGCUGUAGGGGUAGCAUGGUCAGUCUGCUACGAAACUUUACAUCGAACUCAGGUGGACGUUUCUUUGAUGAAUCAUCGAGAAUGGACGACAGCAGAACGAUGCUUGAUCCCAUCCUGGCCACGGAGGAUGACGACAGCUUUCGACCGCUGCGUACUGUCCCUGCCUUCAGCGUACAUCUCCUAGUGUCCAGUUGCAUUUCUUUGACUGGAAUCAUUCUAGCAGCAACAUGGGAGGACAGUCGACGGUGCGAAGCAUACUUCAUAAUGCUUUACCUGCGAGCUGCGUUCUGGAUUUUCACUUACCUGUUUGAUCACAUCGUACGGGCGCAUCAUGAAAAGUUGCGGUUAAACGGAUAUCACGAUUUCCACCGUGCCACCGAACAACACAAAAGUGUUCCGCUGCAGAUUGUAUCCCUGUGGAACACGUUCCUGCUCGCGAUCCAAACGCUUAUUCAGCACUACUACGGUGACGCAUUCGGUGAGAAAUGCAUUGCGGUCGGUUUGCUAUCGCCGAUCAUAUACAUUUCUGCUUUUUCCGGCCUGGAAACGAUUGUACUGUGCAUCGUAAAUGGAAGUUACAUUGCUACUGUAAGGCGCUUCAAUCGUACCGCAUCACCGCCGGACGCACUGCAGGAUAAUCGUGGUUUCAGCGGUGGUUCACUGGGGCUUACUCAGCGUGGCCUUAGUACGGCAGAGCUGCUGGAGAAGCAGGCUGAUCUGAUCAAGUAUUUGAAAGAUCAUAACUUAAAGCUGAAUCAAAAGAUAAUGCAAAUGAAUGCGCAGGUGCGAACGGUCACGUACCCGGGAUAAGUUGAUAACCCGUUUUUUGAUAGGAAAACCAGGGAAAACAGGGUAAUGAAAAGCAGAAAGUUUAUUUUUUUCAUCAUUGCAAGGUGUAUUUGGAAACUCGCAACAACAUUGGACUGAAACACUUUAUACAAAUACUUACACCAUCGAUAAUUUCCCUUAGUUUUGGAAAUUUGCUCUAGAUUAGUUAAGCGUGAUGAGUGGAGCAUUAUAAAUUUCUUUAUUCACAAUAGCAUAUUAUUUGUUUUUGGUGUAUUCAAAAUGUUUCCAUAAUUAGAGGAAAUACAGCAAAAUUUCCCACAUUUGUAUUUAAGAAAGCAAUUCCUCUUGGAAUGAGUGAUACAAAACUAAAGUCGUUUAAUAAAUACUUACGAAUAAUUGCAAAUGAAAAAAAGGCAAAUAUUGUUUU